UUAAAAUCUAGUCAGAAGACUUUUAAAUCCUGCCUAAUUAUGGGAAACCUGUCCAAAUCUUUACUUCCACCAAAAUCUCCUCCAAAUUUUCCAGGAAUUUGGUAUACAAUAAUCCCUUCAUUACGUUCCUGGCCAGCGUUCCUCGAAGAUUUACAAAAAAUACAUUUUCUAAUUGAUUCACUUGCUCUACCUCACGGUGUCCGAUUUGUCUUUCGCUCAAAUGGGGGUGAACCUUGCAAUGGAUUGGAAGAAUUGAGACAUGUUUCUUCAACAGACAAAUUUAAACGGAUAGACUACGCAAAUGCGGCUCAACCAAUUUGGUCAUUUGUUUCAAAUAAAUUAACUAAUGAACCAACUGCUUCAGGAUUGAGAGAAACUUUUCAAAGGGAACCCAAUGAAUUUGUCAAGCCCAGAAUAAUCACAAUUAUCCGUAAUGGAAUCAAGCCAAGGCGAGUAGUACGCCAUUUACUUAAUAAACGGACAGCUCAAUCAUUUGAUAUGGUCAUUAGUGAUAUUACUUCAAAAAUUAAAUUAAAUAGUGGAGCAGUUCGAAAGCUUUAUUCAAUUAGUGGAAAACAGGUCAACACAUUAGCCGACUUUUUCUGUGACGAUUUUAUUUUUAUUGCUUACGGAACAGAACGUAUUUGUUGUGAUGAUUUUAAUGUUGUUUCUGAAGAAUACAAAAGAAUGGAAAUUGGUGGAAGAACACCAAUGAAUCGACAUCAACAACAACAAGGAAAAUUUCGUUUACGUCCAACACAAAUGAGAAUGCUUCGAAAACGAAAUCCUAACGAUUUUCGACUUAAAACGGGUGGAGAUGGAAGGCAUAUGUUUAAAGAAGGGAAUGAUAAUGAACAAGUACAAUUGGAAAAUUCUGCUGCAAAUGUUGUAUUACCUUCUGAUUUGGCUGAACGUUGUCAUAUUAUUUCACUUCUUGGUGAUGGAAAUACUGCUUUUGUUUAUAAAGUUGCCUUUCUUGUUGAAACAAGUAAUUUAAAUUUAAAUAAUGAUGAUUGUCAACAACAACAACAAGGAGAAUGGUCAACAGAAGCAUUAAAAAUUAUUCGUCGUUCAACAUUAGAAAAUCCAGAAGUUUUAGCUUUAGUUCAAACAGAAAUUGAAUUAUUAAAAAUGUUAAAACAUGAAAAUAUUGUUCAACUUUAUGAUUGUAUAGCACAUCCAAAUGGUGAUUGGUUUAUUAGAAUGGAAUGUGUACCUGAUGGUGAUCUUUUUGAACUUCUUCGAAAGAGGCGAAUGUUUAGUGAAACAGAAGUGGCAAGCUGUGCAGAUUGUCUUUGCCGUGCACUAGCUUAUUUACACACUGAACAUUUAAUAGUUCAUAGAGAUGUUAAAUUGGAAAAUUUAUUGGUUUAUUAUAUUCCUGACAAUUUAUCUGGGCAGCGUUUAAUGAUUAAAUUGGCAGAUUUUGGAUUAGCUUGUCAAUUGGAAACUGCAGACCAAUUAUUAAUUUUACUUUGUGGUACACCAACAUAUGUAGCGCCUGAAGUGCUUGCUGAAUUUGGGUAUUCGUUUAAGGCUGAUUGUUGGAGUGUAGGCAUUAUUCUCUAUUGUCUUCUUUGUGGUUACCCACCUUUUGGGGUUGACGAACCUGAUGAUGUUUUAUUUAAUCGAAUUUUACGUGGACAAUUUCAUUUUCCUUCGCCAGUUUUUGAUUCAAUUAGUAAUUCGGCUAAAUUAUUAAUUACACGAUUAUUAAAUACUGAUCCGUUUAUGAGAGCAUCAGCAUUAGAUGUUGUGGAUUGGCAUUGGACUAAGGGUCUAGCCAAUGUUUCACAAGAAAAUGAAUUAGAAGCAGAAGAACAAUUAGCUAUAGCAAUAGCAGGAAUGUUAAUGUUAGAUGAUGAUGACGAUGAACAACAAAAACAAUAUUCUGAUGAUUUUGCAAUGUCAGAAUCUUCAGCAGAAUUUUUCUUUUCUCGUAGGGCAAGUAUGGAUGAAUUAUUAUGUGAGGAUGAUAAUGAUGAAGAGGAGGGAGGAGGAGGAGAAGAUGGAAAAAUGUUGCUAUUUUCUUCAAUUGCAACAACUACGGCUACAAAUGUAUUUUCUUCGUCUGCUAUAGCUACAGCUUCUUUUUCUGCUACUACAACAAAUUCAGUUUCUAACCCUCCAAAUGCUCCAAUUUCAACAGAUGUUACAAAACUGAUAAGAAGUGAUUCACCUUAUGAAUUUCCACCAAUUCAAUUACCUUCAAUAUCACAAUCAAUAUUAGCCACAGCAAUGCCAUCAUUGUUACCUUCAUCUAAUACAGACCUACUUGAACAACAACAACAAACAUCUUCCUCUUUAGCAUCUACUUUAGCAACAGAUAAACGUAAAAGACAACGUGGUGAUUCAAUUAAAAAACAUCAAAAUAUUAAAAUUGAUUUUCAACAACCACAAAAACUUCAACAAAAUAAUGAAAAAGAAGCUUUAGCAUCAGUUGAUAAAAUAAUUCCAAGUAAUGCUAGUUGUAUUGUUGGAGGUAAUAAAGAAACUACUCAAACUACACCAAGAAUGCAACGUAAAAUAAUUUUACCCCAACAACAACAAUCGACUACUGGUAUAAGACGUAAACAAAAUCAACGUCAUAUAUCUUUAGAUGAUAAUGGAGUAGUAGAUGAUAAUAAUGAAAUUGGAAGAAUUACUGUUACAAAUGUAAAUAAUAAUAAUACACCAACAGCAGCAGCACCAACAACAAGAACAACAACAACAACAGCAGCAAGUACAGGACGAAGACAAAGAAGGACAGCAACAAUCAGAUAA